UUAUUGCAUCCUUUUCUCAUCCUUUGAAACCCUAGCAGUAGCUUCUCUUCAUAAACUCCCCCUAUUUUCCCUCAAUUCCAUCUGCGAAUUCCUUCACGAAUUCACCUUCCAGUGCUUGUACUUUUCUUGCUGAGGAUCUUCUGAAACCCAACGAUCGACGGAUUUCUUUGUUGUCCUGCCUUCUACGAUCUGAUUUUAGUUUUCAUUAAAUUCAGAAAGACUUUCCGUAUUUGUUCUCUAUGGCCUCUUUGGAUAUGUCUCUUGAUGACAUGAUAAAGAGUAGAAAAAAUACUGUUAAAGGAGGCAGAGGGCAAGGCAGGCCACGGCGUGGAAGAGGAGGGCCUGGAGGGCCAUCCCGUGGUGGAAGGGCACCAUUUGGUGCUCCUCGCAGAAAUCCUCUUGGACUCAAUGCUCGACCUUCAGCUCACACUAUUGCCAAGUCAUUCCGCAGAACCAAGAACUUACCAUGGCAUAGUGGUCUUGUUGAAGAAAGUCUGAAGUCAGUUGGGCUGUCAGGGUUGGAAGCUGGUACAAAGUUAUUUAUUUCAAACUUGGAUGUUGGGGUUUCCAAUGAAGAUAUAAGGGAGCUCUUUUCUGAGAUUGGAGAGUUGAUUCGGUAUGCUAUUCACUUCGACAAAAAUGGACGCCCAAGUGGUUCAGCUGAAGUGGUUUUUGCAAGGCGGAGUGAUGCAUUUCAAGCACUCAAACGUUAUAACAAUGUCCAGUUGGAUGGAAAGCCUAUGAAGAUAGAGAUAGUUGGUGCCAAUGCAGGGAUCCCAUUGUCAGCUCGUGUUAAUGUAGUGGGAGGAGCAAAUGGAAAGAAGAGGACAGUUGUCAUGGCGUCUGGACCUGCUCGUUCAAGAGGUGGUUUUACUCCGGCAAAUCGUGGCACUGGACAAAGGGGUCGUGGAGGUUUGAACACUGGACGUGGAGGUGGGGGUCGUGGCGGGAGCCGUGGCCGUGGUCGUGGUGGGGGCCGUGGUCGUGGAGGCGCACAAUGGAGAAAGAAGGUCGAGAAAUCUGCUGAUGACCUUGAUAAGGAACUCGACAGCUACCAUGCUGAGGCAAUGCAGUCUUAGAGAUGGUCUUUAGAUUCACCUGUUAAGAGAUGUUUAGCUGUACAAUCUGGGUGUGCUCACAACUGCUGAGUGGUUAUCUUUUGAUGAUGGUUUGGAUUAUAUUUUGCUCUCUGUAGCUGCUGGAUGUUAGUCAAGUAGUGGCGUGAAUUUGUUAGCCUUUGCUUUUUCUAGUAUUAAAUGAAAUGUUUUAUCUGUAUUUCACAGUUUAUUAAUCACAGAAUUCAAUGGUGAUUUUGAAGUAAAAA